UGGGAAGCCCCAAAGCAAACUCUUUUCCUCUCCUCUCCGCCUCUCUCUCUCUCCUCUCCUUCGAACUGCGGCCACCAUCAAGGAUUCUGAUCAAGUUCUGAUAUUGUAGAAAGGAUUUGAGCAAAUGGGUAAGAGGAAGUCUAGAGCAAAGCCGCCUCCUAAGAAGCGGAUGGACAAGCUUGACACCGUCUUCAGCUGUCCCUUCUGCAACCAUGGCACCAGUGUUGAAUGUCGCAUUGAUAUGAAAAAUUUGAUUGGGGAAGCUUCUUGCAGGAUUUGCCAAGAGAGCUUUAGUACUACUAUCACAGCUUUAACCGAGCCAAUAGACAUAUACAGCGAAUGGAUUGAUGAGUGUGAACGGGUUAACAACCUUGAAGAUGAUGGUGCAUAGGAGGCAAAAACACCUUAUCCCUGGAUAUGGAGUUGUGUUAUUGUAAUAGCUUGCAACUUCAAAGUUUCAAGCCUGUAAUUAAGUUAGUUAUCUCGGCGGCAGCGGUAGUUAUCAACUGUUUCUAGACAGAGUCAGCAUAAAUAUAGGUAUUUAAUUUGCAUGUUUGUCUGAGAAUUCGAGGCUUAUCGCGUCACGCCUAUCUAAAGUAAUGACGGUAUUUUCAAGAAUUUAUGUAUUCCAGUGAAAUGUUACAUUUUGUAUUCUGCAAUACUCAUGCUUUAUAUGUAAAGGCAGUGUACUUAACAAUGUGUGAUAUAUCUGGUUUGCCA